AUGGGGGAGGCUGCGGGGCGGCGGCGGCCGGACUCCAACGCCCGGUACCGGGACCGGAGCUUCUGGGAAUCGCGCUACGGGGACGAGGGGGCCGCCCCCACCGAAUGGUUCGGGGGCUUGGGGUGUUUCCGCCCGCAGCUGGAGGCGGAGCUGAGCCCCACGGAUCGGAUCCUGGUGCUGGGUUGUGGGAACAGCGCUUUGAGUUACGACCUCUACCAGCUGGGCUAUAUGGACAUCACCAGCAUGGACUACUCCGCCGCGUGCAUCACAAGCAUGCGAGAUUACUACGCCCACUGCCCAGGGCUCCAGUGGGCAGUAAUGGAUGCCCAGGCCUUGGCAUUCCGGGACGGGAGCUUUGACGUGGUCUUGGAGAAAGGCACUCUGGAUUCCAUGAUGGUGGGAGAGACGGAUCCCUGGCACGUGUCUCAGGAGGCCAGAACACUCCUGGACCGGGUUUUGGCAGAGGUCAGCAGAGUCUUGAAGCCCCGGGGGCGCUUCGUCUCCAUCACGUUUGCCCAGCCGCACUUCCGCAAGCGCCACUACGCUCAGCCCGCCUAUGGCUGGUCCACCCGCCACGUCACCUACGGCAGCGGCUUCCAUUACUUUCUAUACAUCAUGCGGAAAGGCGAGGAGCUGUCCCCUUCUGACCUGGCCCUGGGGCGGAGCCUCCACCUGCCCCUCGGGGCGCCGACCCCCGUCUGCCCUCUCCAGGACACCGAGGGGGAGAACUUUCUCUCGGCCAUUGAACUGUGA